AAAAAGGUGGCCUAUACUUCAAUGGAAGCCAGUCGCUUGUAAACAGCAAACAAUUGAACAUUACCAGUACUCUCUCAAAUAAUUCCAUUUGAAUUGAAUUGCAAAUUUCCCCCCACAGCCAAAAUGAAACUUUUAAUUGUUGCCGUACUAAUUGCCUGUGUCGCUGGCCUUCCAGCCGAUGACGACAAAUACACUACGAAAUACGAUAACAUCGAUAUCGAUGAAAUCCUCAAAUCGGAACGCCUAUUCAACAAUUACUACAAAUGUCUGAUUGAUCAGGGUACAUGUACUCCCGAUGGCCGUGAAUUGAAAAAUACCCUACCCGAUGCUUUGCAAACCGAAUGCAGUAAAUGUAACGAGAAACAAAAGGCCAAUGCCGACAAGGUAAUUCGUUACAUUAUCGAAAACAAAGCCGAAGAAUGGAAGGCCCUGCAGGAGAAAUACGAUCCCGAACAUGUCUACUACAACAAGUACAAGGAUGAGGCCGAGAAGCGUGGCAUUAAAAUCUAAAUGAAGAUGGCGCUAAUGUGUGAGAGAGAAAAAAUGAGAGAAUACUCGCUGUGUGAAGAAUUGUUGUUGGCCUAUAAAAACGUAAAUGUUCCUGUCUCUUUGUGGGAAAUAUGAAAAUAAACUACUGUUAUUUGUUUGUAUUGUAAA